AGUGUUGGUUUUAGUAAGGAGGUUGGAGGACAGCUGCUGCUGUUUUUCUCUCAUUAUUGUGUUGUGCUAAUAAUAGUUCCUGUAUUUACACUAUUUACACAAAAACUGUUUUUAACAUUAAUAAUUAUGAGAAAUGUUUCUUAAGAAGUAAAUCAACGUAUGUGACCCAGGAACACAGAACCAGUCAUAUGUAGCACGGGUAUAUUAGUAGCCAACAAUACAUUGUAUGGGUCAAAAUUAUAGAUUUUCCCGUUCCUCUCAUUGUUUAUUUAUUUUUUUGCAUCCUCAGAUUCCAGAUUUUCAAAUAGUCAUAAUAUUGUCCUAUCCUAACAUCCAUACAUCAAUGAAAAGCUUAUUUAUUCAGCUUUCCGAUGAUGUAUAAAUCUCAUUUUAAAAAAAUUGACCCUUAUGAUUGGUUUUGUGGUCAGGUGAUAUUAGAAUUUUGAAGGAUCAUGUGACACUGAAGUAAUGGCUGCUGAAAAUUCAGUUUUGCCAUAAUAGGAAUAAAUUACAUUUUUAAAUAUAUUUAAGUUGGAAACAAUUGUAAUAAUACUUCACCAUAUUUCACUUUUUAAAUAUUUUUGAGCAUAUAAAUGCAACCUUGGUGAGAAAAAGCUAUGUUUCCAAAAACUAACAAUCGUAUCAACCCAAAAUUUUUGAAUUGUAGUGCAUUUUUGUAAUAUAUCAUUGUUUUUUUUCUGACUUUAUUGUUCUAAACUGUGUAAAAGGUUAAAGAACAAGUCAUUAUUCCCUUUGGAUGAUAGUGUAUACCUACGCUGCCUAAAAAUAAUGCCUUUUCUUUCAACCUUUAAAUGUUUCAAUCAUAUCUUGCUGAUCCAAAACAUUGGAUAAUGUAGAUGAGGACCUCAUAUUAUCCUCUCAUAUAUAACAAUCUUUUUUGGUAACUGACACACAUUGCUUAAUCGCAAAGCUUCACAGAAUUUAAUUGAAUGUAUUUUGAAUAAUUAAAAAGCUAAGUCCUAUAUAAUAUAACGAUGUAGUGCCUUAAAGGGAACCCCGGGUAGUAAGACUUGUGUGACUUAAUAUAACGUAAUUGAUGUCUCUUAGUGAAAUAUGUAGCAGAAAACCCAUGAAAGACGUACGUUAUGUAAAAAAUCAACAUUGUUUUACACAUAUCUGGACUAUGGGGGUGCCAUUAUUUCAGUGACGUGAAAUGGCUGCACUCAGUGAGCUACUGCCGCUACCUGUUACUAUUUUACAGCAACAAAACUCUGAAAAUAAAAUACUGAUACAAUGUCACGUUGUGUAGCUUUGGGUUGUAUUUUUCAGUCGAAGGGCAACAGAAGUGAUGUAAGUCUUCACUGUUUGUCCUAGCGAUGAGAGGAGGAGAAAAGAAUGGGAGGAUGCCUGUGGACUAAUAAAACUUCCUAAAGACCCACGUCUUUGUUCUCUCCACUUUAGUCCUUAUGCCUUUGAGGCUUUUAGUAGACCACAGCUACUGAAAGAGCUUACAAACGGCAGAGACAAGAAACGCUAGAUGACGUCCUGGCAGGAUGUACAGUAGUCAACAUUUGAAGUGGAUCAAAACCUUUCAUCAAAGUUGUCCUUAAACCAAAACAAUACCCAUUCUUGUCUUAGGACAACUUUGAACUUAUUUGAUCCACUUCAAAUGUUGACUCUGGUAAAUAUGUUGAUGCAUGAUGCCGCAGCCGCUGAAGGAGUUUCUUAGCGUGGAGAAAAUCAAUGGUAUGACAUUUGGUUUAAGCCUAUACUUGCAUCCACUGCCACCUGUCAGCUCUUUCAGUAGCUGUGGUCAACAUAUCAGUAUUUUAUUUUCAGUGUUUUGUAUUCUAAAUUGUGUUGCGGUAAACCAGAACGCAAUCAGUUCACAUCAUAGUGUGAAUCCCCCCCCAUAGUCCAAAAUAUGUAUAAAAUGAUGUGGAUUUUUUAAAUAAGGUCAAUCUACUACACAUUUCAGUAAGAGACAUCAUUUGCGUUAUAUUAAGUCAUACAUGUCAUAAUACCCAGGAUUUCCUUUAAUAAAGAAAAUUAGUUGUGAUUGCACUCCUCUGUUAGCUUGUAAGUGCUAUUGCCUUGUUCACAGGUCAGAGGUCAUCAUAUAGCCAAACUCGACCCUUUGGGCAUCAGUUGUGUAAAUUUUGACAAUGCCCCGCUUACUAUCGGGUCCCGUCAGUCCGAUUCGGGGCCACCACGUUGCACAGCUGGAUCCUCUGGGAAUUAUGGAUGCUGAUCUUGAUUCGUGCGUCCCAGCAGAUAUAAUCACGUCCUCUGAUAAACUUGGCUUCUACGGACUGGAAGAAGCGGAUCUGGAUAAAGUUUUCCGGCUUCCAACCACCACCUUUAUUGGGGGAAGUGAAAGUGCCCUUCCUCUCAGGGAAAUCAUCCGGCGUUUAGAGAUGGCCUACUGUCAGCACAUCGGGGUGGAGUUCAUGUUCAUCAAUGACCUGCAGCAGUGCCAGUGGAUCAGACAGAAGUUUGAGAAGCCGGGGGUGAUGCAGUUUACUCUAGAUGAGAAAAGAACGCUGCUGGCUCGUAUGGUCCGCUCAACCAGGUUUGAGGAGUUCCUGCAUAGGAAGUGGUCAUCAGAGAAACGUUUUGGCCUAGAGGGAUGUGAGUCUCUCAUUCCUGCACUCAAAACCAUCAUCGACAAAUCUAGUGAGAAUGGAGUGGAGAGCGUUAUCAUGGGAAUGCCACACAGAGGCCGUCUGAAUGUGCUUGCUAAUGUGAUCCGUAAGGAGCUGGAGCAGAUCUUCUGCCAGUUUGAUUCAAAGCUGGAAGCUGCAGAUGAGGGCUCAGGUGAUGUGAAGUAUCAUCUGGGUAUGUACCAUAGACGUAUCAACCGGGUCACUGAUCGCCACAUCACUCUGUCUCUGAUGGCCAACCCUUCACACCUGGAGGCAGUGGACCCUGUGGUGCAGGGAAAGACUAAGGCAGAGCAAUUCUACUGUGGCGACUCUGAUGGAAAGAGGGUGAUGUCCAUCUUGUUGCAUGGAGACGCAGCCUUUGCAGGUCAAGGCAUCGUCUAUGAGACCUUCCACCUGAGUGACCUGCCGUCUUACACCACACACGGCACUAUUCACGUGGUAGUAAACAACCAGAUUGGCUUCACCACUGACCCUCGGAUGGCACGCUCCUCACCAUACCCCACGGAUGUGGCCAGAGUGGUCAAUGCUCCCAUCUUCCAUGUUAAUGCAGAUGACCCUGAGGCUGUGAUGUACGUGUGUAACGUGGCUGCAGAAUGGAGAGCCACCUUUCAUAAAGAUGUGGUGGUUGAUCUGGUGAGCUACAGACGGAACGGCCACAAUGAGAUGGAUGAGCCAAUGUUUACGCAACCGCUGAUGUACAAACAGAUAAAGAAACAGAAACCGGUUUUGCAGAAAUAUGCUGAAAAGCUCAUUGCAGAAAGAGCUGUAAGCAGACAGGAAUAUGAGGAGGAAAUUGCCAAGUAUGACAAAAUCUGUGAGGAGGCGUACAAUCGUUCAAAAGAUGAGAAGAUCUUACACAUCAAGCACUGGCUUGACUCACCUUGGCCAGGUUUCUUCACUCUGGAUGGUCAACCCAAGAGCAUGAGCUGUCCGUCCACUGGUCUCAAUGAAGAAGUGCUCAGUCACAUCGGUCAGGUGGCUUCCUCUGUGCCUGUGGAGGAUUUCACUAUCCAUGGAGGUCUCACCCGUAUCCUGAAGGGCAGGGCUACGAUGGUGCAGAACCGCUCAGUGGACUGGGCUCUAGGAGAAUACAUGGCCUUCGGCUCUCUGCUAAAGGAAGGCAUUCAUGUGCGCCUCAGUGGUCAAGAUGUGGAGAGAGGGACCUUCAGUCAUCGGCAUCAUGUGCUACACGAUCAGCACGUCGACAAACGGACCUGCAUUCCCAUGAACUACAUUGACUCGAAUCAGGCUCCUUAUACUGUGUGCAACAGCUCCCUGUCAGAAUACGGGGUUCUUGGUUUUGAGCUUGGCUUUGCCAUGGCGAGUCCUAAUGCUCUAGUGCUCUGGGAGGCUCAGUUUGGAGACUUUCAUAACACAGCCCAGUGUAUCAUCGACCAGUUCAUCUCUCCCGGCCAGGCCAAAUGGGUCCGACAGAAUGGCAUCGUCCUGCUGCUGCCUCACGGCAUGGAGGGCAUGGGACCAGAGCACUCCUCCGCUCGUCCAGAGAGAUUCCUGCAGAUGUGCAAUGAUGACCCUGACGUUUUCCCAAAAAUCACAGAGGACUUUGCCGUCCGGCAGCUUUAUGACUGUAACUGGAUUGUUGUGAACUGCUCCACUCCUGCAAACUACUUUCAUGUUCUUCGGAGGCAGAUCCUUCUGCCUUUCAGAAAGCCACUCAUUAUCUUCACACCUAAAUCACUGCUACGUCACCCAGAGGCCAAGUCAAGUUUUGAUGACAUGUUACCAGGCACACACUUCAGACGUCUGAUUCCAGAAGAGGGAAGUGCGACGCAGAAUUCAGCUGGAGUGAAGCAUCUCAUCUUCUGCACAGGGAAAGUUUAUUAUGACCUCACCAAAGAAAGAAAGACCAGAGGACUGGAGGACACAGUGGCCAUCAGCCGCAUUGAGCAGCUUUCUCCGUUCCCGUUUGACCUGGUGAAAGCCGAGGCAGAGAAGUAUCCACAGGCUCAGCUGCUGUGGUGCCAGGAAGAGCAUAAGAAUCAAGGCUACUACGACUAUGUCAAACCACGCAUCAGCAGAACCUUCAACAACACCCGUCCCAUUUGGUACGCUGGCCGAGAGCCUGCAGCUGCCCCCGCCACAGGCAACAAGAAGGCUCAUCUUGUGGAGCUGGAGCGGUUCUUGGACACAGCCUUCAACCUGGAUGCCUUCCAGGGCCAGUCCUAACCACCUCGCCCCAUCUACUUCCUUCAUUUCCAUCCCUCCGUCCCUCAUUUUUCAGGAAGCUUACACGCCGCUGUUAGCGUUAGAGGGCAGGCUGGCAGCUAGGAAUCUCCUGACCAAAGCACAGGUUUGCUUUGCACUGUACAUUAGGUAUGAGAGGCCUAUCUAUGCAGGUUUACUGAAAGGAUGCAAGCUUUUAGCAACUACAUGGUCAUGGGAUCAAUUUGCAUGCAUUGAUGAUGGUUUUAAUAGAGCCUUAAAGUGACAUGCAGCUUGAACUAGAGGUUUCCCCUCGAUAAUACAAAUACUAUUUAAUUUUGAAUACGCACAAAAUCACGGUCAAUGGCGUAAGAAAACUGUUUGCACCGUCCGUUAUUAGAGUUGGCAUGGACGACUCAGAAAUGAGACAUGUUGAAAAGUCAUGAUAGCAUGAGGGUGUUAAAGGGCAUGCAUGGAACCCUAUGCAUUUUUAAAUUAUUGUGAAAAAGGAACUAGUUAGCUAGCCUGCAUUUAGCAAUUUUAUAAUAUAAACUGAAAUGUAAAGACACUCUAUACUUCUUCAUCCUCUUUAUUAUCUCUCCCAUUCACCUUCUAAACACUCAGUGCCAAAUAAUGAUUUUCAGUAGGUGAAUUCAAGGACUGAAAGCCAGAACAAUCUUCUUGUAAUUUAAAAAAAAAAAAAAAAAAAAAAAGACACUUUUCAGGACAUUAAAUAAAAUUAUUUAUUUUCUUAGGCUUACGUUUAUUCCAGACUACUGUUAUAAUAUUUCAUUCAAUAAAGCAUCCGAGUUCAAACUGUUUGCUUGUUUGUACUAAUAAGUGAUGCAAGAACAUAUUUAACAUGAACACAGAUUAUUUUUGCAUUAAUAAAGAUGUGUCUUGUGCACUUUAUCGAAUGACA